AUGGCGGGUCCGGUGAGCUUGCGGGAGCUCCUUCUGGGCUCUGCAGCCUGGCCCGGCCCCGAGAGCGCCGAGGGCUCGGCCACGGAAGGCGGAGGAAGCGCCGCGGGCGGCCCGGAGCCUCCUUGGCGGGAGGACGAGAUCUGCGUGGUGGGCAUCUUCGGCAAGACGGCGCUGCGGCUCACUUCCGAGAAGUUCUCGCUGGUGAACGCCGUGUGCGACCGCCAGGUCUUCCCCCUCUUCCGCCCCCAGGACCCCGAGGACCCGGGCGCUGGCAGCAGCCCCGAGGCCGGCGCCGCCGGGGAGGCAGGUGGAGCCGGGGAUCCCGGGGCUGGGGAUCCCGUGCGCGGAGCUGCAGCAGGAGCUGGAGCUGGAGCUGCUGCAGCCGAAGGCAAUCGGCCGGAACCUGCGCCCCAGGAUUACAGCCUCCUGCAGGCCUACUACAACCAAGAGAGCAAAGUUCUGUACCUCCUCCUCACUUCCAUCUGCGACAAUUCUCAGCUCCUCCGAGCUUGCCGGGCCCUUCAGAGCGGGGCAGCCGGGGGCGGCCUCCCUUUACCCCAUGCAGAAGCGCACGAGUUUUGGAAGCACCAAGAGAAGCUGCAGUGUCUCAGCCUCCUCUAUCUUUUCUCCGUCUGUCACAUCCUGCUCCUGGUGCAUCCCACUUGCUCCUUCGACAUCACUUACGACCGCGUCUUCCGAGCCCUGGAUGGCCUGAGACAGAAAGUACUGCCUCUGCUCAAAACGGCCAUUAAGGAUUGCCCCGUGGGCAAAGACUGGAAGCUCAACUGCCGGCCUUGCCCACCCAGACUCCUUUUUCUUUUUCAACUCAAUGGCGCCCUCAAAGUGGAACCCCCCCGGAGCCAAGAUCCAGCUCAUCCCGAUAAACCCAAAAAACAUUCUCCGAAAAGGAGACUGCAGCAUGCCCUGGAGGACCAGAUCUAUAGGAUUUUCCGCAAGAGCCGGGUCUUAACUAACCAGAGUAUCAACUGCCUCUUUACUGUGCCUGCCAACCAAGCUUUUGUUUAUAUUGUGCCCGGAAGUCAGGAGGAGGACCCAGUAGGCAUGUUGCUGGACCAACUUAGGAGUCAUUGUACUGUGAAGGACUCAGAAUCUUUGCUGGUACCUGCACCCCUUUCUGGGCCCAGGCGAUAUCAGGUGAUGAGGCAGCAUAACCGACAGCAACUGUCUUUUCAUAUUGACAGCAGCAGUUCCAGUUCUUCUGGGCAGCUAGUGGAUUUUACUCUUAGGGAAUUCCUGUGGCAACAUGUGGAACUGGUCCUCAGCAAGAAGGGUUUCGAUGACAGUGUCGGCCGAAACCCUCAGCCUUCCCAUUUUGAACUUCCCACUUAUCAGAAGUGGAUCUCGGCUGCUUCCAAACUGUACGAAGUGGCUAUUAAUGGGAAAGAGGAAGACCUGGGAUCUCCCACUGGGGAGCUGACAUCUAAGAUUUUAAGCAGUAUUAAAGUGUUGGAAGGGUUUUUGGAUAUCGAUACCAAAUUUUCAGAAAACCGAUGCCAGAAGGCUUUACCCAUGGCCCACAGUGCCUAUCAGUCCAAUUUGCCUCACAAUUACACAAUGACUGUCCAUAAGAAUCAGCUUGCUCAGGCCCUGCGAGUAUAUAGUCAACAUGCGAGGGGUCCAGCUUUUCAUAAGUAUGCCAUGCAAUUGCACGAAGACUGCUACAAGUUUUGGAGCAAUGGCCAUCAGCUCUGUGAGGAGAGGAGCUUAACAGACCAACAUUGUGUACAUAAGUUUCACUCAUUACCUAAAUCAGGAGAGAAACCAGAAGCUGAUAGAAACCCUCCUGUGCUGUAUCAUAAUAGCCGAGCUCGAUCCACUGGAGCCUGUAACUGUGGAAGAAAACAAGCACCCCGAGAUGAUCCCUUUGAUAUCAAAGCAGCUAACUAUGACUUUUAUCAGCUUUUGGAAGAAAAAUGUUGUGGAAAACUGGAUCAUAUCAAUUUCCCAGUAUUUGAACCAAGUACUCCAGACCCUGCUCCUGCCAAAAAUGAAUCUUCUCCAGCUCCUUCAGAUGCAGAUGCUGAUAAACUUAAAGAAAAAGAACCUCAGACACAAGGAGAGAGCACCAGCUUGAGUUUAGCUUUGAGUUUAGGCCAAUCUACAGAUAGUCUUGGUACUUAUCCUGCUGAUCCACAAGCAGGAGGAGAUAAUCCAGAAGUGCAUGGUCAAGGAGAAGUAAAAACUGAGAAAAGACCAAACUUAGUUGAUAGACAGGCAUCCACUGUUGAAUAUCUCCCGGGCAUGCUACAUUCAAAUUGCCCUAAAGGCCUUCUACCCAAAUUCUCCAGCUGGUCACUUGUUAAACUAGGCCCAGCUAAGUCUUACAACUUUCAUACAGGUUUGGACCAACAAGGCUUCAUUCCAGGAACAAAUUAUCUUAUGCCUUGGGACAUUGUCAUCAGGACUAGAGCUGAGGAUGAAGGAGACUUGGACACAAAUUCUUGGCCUGCUCCAAAUAAAGCUAUUCCUGGAAAGAGAAGUGCAGUUGUCAUGGGAAGAGGAAGGCGAAGAGAUGAUAUAGCUCGAGCAUUUGUGGGCUUUGAAUAUGAAGAUUCUCGAGGUCGGAGGUUUAUGUGUUCAGGACCUGACAAAGUAAUGAAAGUUAUGGGAAGUGGGCCAAAGGAAUCAGCUUUGAAGGCCCUGAACAGUGAUAUGCCCUUAUAUAUUCUGUCAUCAUCUCAGGGCCGAGGGCUAAAACCACAUUAUGCUCAGCUCAUGAGACUUUUUGUGGUGGUUCCUGAUGCUCCUUUGCAGAUAAUAUUAAUGCCUCAGGUUCAACCAGGUCCACCACCAUGCCCAGUAUUCUACCCAGAAAAGCAGGAAAUCACUCUCCCACCUGAUGGUCUCUGGGUUUUGAGGUUUCCUUAUGCGUAUGUGACUGAAAGAGGACCUUGUUUUCCUCCCAAGGAAAAUGUGCAGUUAAUGAGUUAUAAGGUGCUCCGUGGGGUUCUUAAAGCUAUAACACAAUAAGUUUUAUAGUCAAGUUGGUCUUAAUUUGCACUGGGUUUUGAUUUUGGUAUGUUUAUGUGCUAAUUUUUUGGUUAUGUGUAUUCUAUGUUUUCUUGAAUCAAAAUGUGCUUUGGUUACGAAUUUCAGUAUUUGAACAAUAAUUGUUCUAUUUUAUGAUAUUGAUAUUUAUUGUAAAUGGGUCUAUAACUUCCUAAUAAACUUGGUUACCUAGAAAGAACAUAAAGUACAAA